CUAUAUCUAGACUAAGAUCUGGUAGACUUUUUAGAACCCAUUAUGGCAGAAUUCCUGCAAAUCAAGAAGAAGUUUUAGAAACUUCUCUUCCUAGAUUAUAUGAUAAUCUACCCACAUAUCAAGAGGCAGUUCAUUCAGAUAUUUAA